AUGUCGGACGAGGUGUCGUCGUCGUUCGGUAAAAACGUGAUAGCGAUGAAUAUAUUUUUAUUAAAAUUCUGCGGCAUAUUGCCAAUAGAAACAACGUUUAUUAUAAAUCUCGAUUGGACAAAUUUACUCGCUGGAAUAUCUUUCAUCUCAUUGUCGACAUAUUCCGUUUCUUAUAGUUACGAAUUCGUCGAACAUAUGUCGAACGCCGAUACAGCAUUAGAAUUUUUCUCAAUGAUAAUAUCCUUAAUAGGUGGUCAAGCACGUUACGUGAUAUUAUUUAUUAAACGUAAGAAAUUUCGUAAUAUGUUGAAAUUAUGCGAAAGAUUAUGGAGAUCAUUGGAUAAUGACGAAAGAUCUUACGUUAUCAUUUAUACGAAUAAAACGAAACGUUUGACGUAUUAUUAUUUGUUCGGUUGCGCCUUUACCAUUUUUUUUUACGCCAUUGCAAGUUUAUUCAUAUCGACGUCCAUUACGAAUGGCAACGAAACGUCGAUAAGAAAUUUGCCUUAUGCAUUUUUAAUCGAUAUACACGAAUCGCCUUACUUCGAGAUAGCAUAUGUUUAUCAAUUAACUACAAUGAUCAAUGUUGGUUUGACAUGCGUCGGUAUCGACACAGUUGGACCAGUUAUGAUACUCAUUGCCUGCGGACAUCUUAAAGUAAUACAAAAUAAAAUGUCGUCAUUGAUGGAAGAAACGAAAUCUAUUAAUAUUGAACGUGACUACGAUGAAUUUUAUAUUUAUCAAAAUGUCAAGAUUAAACUCGACGAUUAUAUUAAUUAUCACGGCACCGUACUCGAAUUUUGUAAGGACAUCGAGGAACUGGCUAACGUCAUUUUCAUCACACAAUUGAUCGGCAGCACUUACAACAUAUCUCUAGUUGGUUUUAAAUUAGCUGGGGACGACCCCGAUAAGUACAAAUAUACGACACAGGUAUUGAUUGCAGUAAUACAACUCUUUCUCUGCAAUUGGCCACCCGACGUAUUGCUCUUUGAGACCACAGCAGUGGCCAAUUCAACUUAUUCGACACCAUGGUACAUGUAUCCGAAGGAAUUGAAAAGAUCCAUUUAUAUUAUUAUUAUAAGAUCACAAAGGGCCGUACGUUUGACUGCUGGCAAAUUCGCAUAUCUAUCUUUGGAAACAUUCGCUUCUAUGAUCUCAACAGCUGCGUCAUUCUUCACCAUGAUAAGAAGCAUGAAUUGA